UUAAUGCAAACGAUAAAUUUUAUCAAUGGUAUGACGUAAAAGUCGGUAAUAGGAUAAUUAAUUUGUGGGAAUAUAAGUUUAUUGGCUACGCAAGGCAUAAGUAACAAGAUAAUUGAUGGACCAGUCGGCGAUUAUCACUACUCGUGAUCAAGAUGCCUCUCACUCGGAAGACGAUGCGCGAUCAGUUGUCUUAGAAUCAACAAAACAAUCGAGACGUAUUUAAAUAUGGGAAACAAAGAUGUAGAGAAUAAUUGUCAAUCAGAUGUUGUUAAUAAUGACAAAAAUUCCAUCAAUUUUGCUGAAAAAUCAGAUCCUGAUGAACAAUCGCCGGCAGAAAUUAAUACGCAGCAGGCGGUUAAUGUUGCAGGCUUCGGCAAGUUCAACUACAAAAUAAUAAUAGUAAGCGGAUUAACAAGUAUGAAUACUGCGAUUGGAAUAACUGCAUUAGGAUUCAUUCUACCAUCGGCAGCAUGUGAUUUUAAAAUGUCUACUGUCGACAAAGGUCAACUCAAUACUGGCUUUCUAUUUGGUAUGCUAUGCGGUGCUUAUUUUUGGGGUUGUCUUGCUGAUACAAUGGGUCGGAGACAUACUUUAUUAAGAUGCUUAUUUCUUCAAGCAGGCUUUGAGUGUCUUGUUUCACUGAUACCCAAUUACUGGGGUGUAUUCGUCUCAAAAACUAUCAUUGGAUUUGCAUUGGGUGGGGAAAUGGCAACUCUCUAUACAUACGUGGGUGAAUUUCAACCAGCGAUAUAUAGAAAAAAAGUAUUAUCAACAAUGGAAAUACCUACUAUUUCAGGCAUUUUCGUUGCUUCACUUUUUGCAUGGAUGAUUAUUCCUUUGAAUAUAAGUGCUGAUUUCGGUGGGUUUUUCUUUCAUUCAUGGAAUCUUUUUAAUGUGAUUUGCUCAAUUCCAUCUUUGAUUACUGCUAUAUGGCUAUUAUUUUUACCCGAAACACCAAAGUAUUUAUCAGAGUUUGGAAAAGAUGAAGAAUUAUUUUUUGUACUUUCUAGAAUGUAUCGAGAAAAUACCGGAAAAUCUUCAGAGGAAUAUCUUACUGAGCUCAAUGGUAAUGGAAUAUCAUCGAUCUCUCAAUUAAUAAAUCCAAAAGCUGAAGAACAGCAAAAUGAAAGUAAACUUUCUCAAAUAAGAAAAAUGCUUUUUCAACAAACUGGAGCUCUUUUAAGGCCGCCGUUUCUUGGACGUACAUUGCUCGUUUGUACAAUAAUGUUUUCUAUCUUUUCAUCAAUGUUUACAUUAAUGAUGUGGUUCCCAGAGUUAUUUGACAGAUUUGCUGCCUUUGAAUUGGUUUAUCCUAAUGAGCACGCAAGUGUAUGUCGUGUUUCCGACAGUACAUUCAAAAACACAACUUUAAAUGAAAGUGCAGAAAUGCCAGAUUGUCGUACAGAAAUAAAUACUCAAGUUUAUAUACACUCUUUAACAUUAGGCGCUGCCUCUAUUCCAAUCGCUGUGCUUUUUCCAAUUUUCGUUAAUCGAAUCGGAUUCAAGAUUUCAUUAAUGGUCGGAAUGGGUAUUUGUGCCGGUUCAACGAUUGGUUUAUUUUUCGUACGUUCAUCGACAGAAAAUCUUAUACUAUCUUCCAUUUUUCAAGCACUUAUUUCUAUAUGCUCCACUGUUAUUUGUUGUGUUGUUGUUGAAAUAUUUCCUACUAAACUAAGAGCAACAGCAGCUGCACUUGGCUCACUUUGUGCACGAGGUGGUGCCAUUAUUGGUAACACAACAUUCAGUUAUCUUAUAGAUAACUACUGUAUGAUAUUAAUUAUUUUCCUUACUUGUCAACUCAUAGUCGGUGGUAUUCUGGCGUUUUUUUUACCUAAUCAGAAACCAGAUACGUCAAACAAAAAAGUAUGCGAAGUUGAUCCUCAAACAUAAUACAAGUUUUUUUAUUUGUCAUUAAGAUUUAUUAUUCACGACAUCAAGAAAAUAUUUGAUAGGUUGAAGAUUGUUGACAGAUUUGUGAUUUUAUUUAUAAUUAAGGCGUUAUCAUAUUUUUAAAUGAUUUCAAAUCAUA